GGCCUGAUUAACUACAAGAUGCAAGGAGCCGAAAUGGAGUCCUUCUGUUGAGCUACGGCUUUUUUUUUUUUUAGUAAACAAUGCAUAUGUGAUUUGUGGCAUUUCAUAAAAGUUAGCUGAGUGUUUUGUAGUUUAUUGAGCGUGAUGUGGGUCAACAUCUAGCUAAGAAGUUAAAUCUGCUGUAAAUAGCCUACCAUAAGGAUCCUACAAGGCUGUGUCCAAGGCUGCAUGAGCGACCAGGCAAAGUGAGCACCUGCCCCAAGAGCCCCACACCUCCAAGGGCCCCCCCCUCUCCCCCCAGCUCCCCUGUGUGGCAAUAAGUUUGUGAAAUGAUGGAAGACUCUCAUUUCAAUUCAUCAUAUUUCUGGUCCCCCAUCCCGUCUGUACCAGCGCAGAUUGAGAAUGCCAUGUUCCUGAACAAGAUGAAAGAGCAACAGGAAAAGAAUAUUUGUUUCUCUCCGUCCUCUGCAUCCCACUACCAAACGGCGCUUCUCACCAUCCCCACGUCUGGGACAAAGACAGAUGGCGGAGGGCAGGUUUGUGGUGGGGCACACCUCCACCCUGUUCACAGCACCCAGAACAUGCUGUCGGUCCCCUCCACAGGCAUCAUGACAGCAGCGGGUCUGGUCAUCACGACGCCUCAGGGAACGCUCGUCUCUCCCACCUCCUCUCAAUCGUUCGUCUCGGGUCAUCCAGCGACGACCAUGAUUGUUUCUGCACUCCAUUCUGCAGACAAAAAAGACUUGGAUGGGGCGCACCAUCUUGUCGUGAUGCCAGCGGCGCCCUCCAAACGAGGCAGAAAGAAGAAGACGGCGCUGUCCAGGAUCGGCGCUGUGGGCGGGAAUGAAACCCUGAUACUGGCUCACCUGACAGCCGGGAGCCAGGUGGCGUCUUUGCAGCAUCACACUGGAGACCCCUAUGACCUGUCGAAUGAAGAGGAAGACCACGGCCACAAAGAUAGCACCAAGACAUACAGGUGCCGGAUGUGUGCGGCGACCUUCCUCAGUAAGUCUGACAUGCAGAUCCACUCCAAGUCGCACACAGAGGCCAAACCUCACAAGUGUCCUCACUGCGCCAAGUCAUUCGCCAACUCCAGCUACCUGGCCCAGCACAUCCGCAUCCACAGCGGGGCCAAGCCUUACACCUGCUCCUACUGCCAGAAAUCUUUCAGGCAGCUCAGUCAUUUACAGCAGCACACACGGAACCACACAGAGUCAAAGCCUCAUAAGUGUCCCCAUUGUACCAAGUCAUUCGCCAACUCCAGCUACCUGGCCCAACACGUCCGCAUCCACACAGGAGUGAAACCGUACUCCUGCUCCUACUGCCAAAAGUGCUUCAGACAGCUCAGUCACCUUCAGCAGCACAACAGGAUUCACACCGGAGAUCGGCCGUACAAGUGUAUCCAUCCAGGCUGUGAGAAAUCCUUCACGCAACUCUCAAACCUACAGUCCCACCGGCGUCAACACAACAAGGACAAACCCUUCAAGUGCACCAACUGCAAUAAAGGAUACAUAGAUGCAGCGAGCCUGGAGGUGCACAUGUCCACACACACAGUCAAGCACGCGAGGAUCUACUCGUGUGGUCUCUGCAAUCGCACUUAUACCUCAGAGACAUAUCUGGUGAAACACAUGGAGAAACACAACCCAGACCAGCUGACUGGACCAGCAGCACAGGCGGCACAACAGAACCAGAACCAAAGCCAGGCUGGCGCUCAGGGCCGGGGAGACAGAGCAGAUGGAGGAUCGAGCCGAGCUGGGGGCGGGGGCCAGCAGGGACAGAGCCAGAGCAACUACCCACACACAGAAACCAUCUCCUGUCCGUUUGACCUGCACCAGUACAAGACAGUGUCUGCCAGUGACAUCCAGUACAAACCAGUAACCGUAGCUGACCUUACUUCCCACAAGGACCUCUGUCUCACUGUGUCGGCAUCCGCCAUUCAAGUGGAGCACCUCAACUCUUAGAGGUCGUCCACGGAGAGAGUUUGGGGGGGGUUUGGGGAAGUGGAAAUGAAUUCAAAAAAUUGAGGAUGGGGAGUCAAAGGAUAAAAGCAAUACUAAGAUGAACUUUGGAACAUAACUGUGCCUGAACGAUGGUUUGAGGCAGACAGGACAAACAACAUGGUGACUGUACUGAAGACUAAGUUUUAUGUUUUUUUAGUUUGUCUCUUUCUUUCCUUCGGCCUUGUUUUGAUUUGUUUUCCUUUUGCUUCGCUGUCCUGUCCUGCCUGCGUAGGUGCAUGUAAAGGCUGCAAUAAACUAUGUUUCAGUCCAUCGCAGUGAUGGUUUUAUGAUAGGAAGUGAUUCUCGUCAUUGUUGUUUUAUCACCUCCUGCUCUUCCAUGCAAAUACAGUUUUGAACAUAGCAAUUUAUGGUCUCUUUGUAGAUUAAAUUGGAGGUUGACUGUGAAGGUAAAUUUUUAUACUUUCAUACAGAGACUUUCCGUUUUUACAUCACUGUUACCUCUACAAUGUUGUAAAAUGCAUACCCGCAAUUCAUUCUUUUUAACCUUAAAAGGGACGUAGAGGUCAUUUCCUUUUCAGGAAAGAGAAUAAGUCAAUCAAGUAUAUAUAGAUAUAUAUAUAUAUAUAUAUACUACCAGUUUAUAAAGUAUGAUUGUGUGUUUAAAGGAUGUGGUAAUCCAUAUAACCUAUUUAGACCCAUUUGUUGGCCUUCACAUAACCUUUUGGGAAGUAAUGAGUCGGUUCACCUUUCAUGUAAUCCUAUUGUACUGCUUUGCGUGUAUGUCCUAAAGGUAAUGUUAUCCAGAUGUGUUCUUGCUGUUAUACUUCCACGAUAACAAUGUUUAUAUUACUUCUUUUUAGACAUACUGACACAUCUGAAAUUUGUCAUUUUUUUCUGGCUUAUAAUACAAUAAACCCUCUGAAAUGUU